AUGGCGGAUCAGCUCACCGACGAUCAGAUCUCCGAGUUUAAGGAAGCCUUCAGCUUAUUCGACAAGGAUGGUGACGGUUGCAUUACCACAAAGGAGCUGGGUACUGUGAUGCGUUCUCUGGGACAAAACCCAACAGAAGCAGAGCUCCAAGACAUGAUCAACGAAGUGGACGCCGAUGGUAACGGCACCAUUGAUUUCCCGGAGUUCUUGAACCUCAUGGCCCGUAAGAUGAAGGACACCGACUCCGAGGAAGAGCUCAAGGAAGCGUUCCGGGUCUUCGACAAGGACCAGAACGGUUUCAUCUCAGCCGCUGAGCUCCGCCAUGUGAUGACGAACCUCGGCGAGAAGCUCACAGACGAAGAAGUCGACGAGAUGAUCAAGGAAGCUGAUGUUGAUGGUGAUGGCCAGAUCAACUACGAGGAGUUUGUCAAGGUCAUGAUGGCUAAGUGA